AUGUUGAACGACGGGACAGUUUUAGAUAGCACAAAAAGAUUUCACUCAAGGGAAUAAUUCGCAAAGGAUACGUAUAAGAGUAUAACUUCCUUAUUUUAUUAUUCUGAAACGAAACAUUAUUGGGCGUUUAGUUCUAGCUGCCACACGCUGUAACCUGCGCUCCACGAAGACGAUCCCUAGCUGUGGUUGACCGGGCACAUUGGCGCGGAAGUUUGUUUUGAGACUUCGGCGUCUGAGCUCUUAAUAUCCGCGUCUGUGGGUUCAUCUGUGUAUUAAACAUGAUGCGCAAAAAGCGACGCUCCUCUGUGGAUAAAGGAGAGGGGGCUGCUACGACCACCAAGGCAAAGAAGAGUCGCAGCGCUGGUCGCCAGUCAAAGGAACCUGCUCCAGAGGAGACAAAUCAAAGUGUGUUUGGUGUCUUUCUUCGAGAGGCAGGUGUGACCUUGAAACAAGAUGGCACCUCCAUUGAAAUUGCUGUUGACCAAGUAGUUUUUCAAAAAAGGAUACAGCGACAACUACACAAGAGUCCCAGGUACCCUGUGAUUGUACAGGAAUUUAUCACUGGACUGGAGUCUUAUAUUGAGGACACUGAGCGGUUUAGGAACUGCCUGCUUCCAUGUGUGCCGCGAUUGUCAGAUCAAGACUCGGGUUGUGUCAGCUCAUUUCAGGAAAGUCUGCUACGCAUGUUGUUGGGGAUUGAGAUGCUGCAGACUUUGGUUAUUAACACCUUGCUCGAGAAACUUCCCGAAUUCAUGCUUGAUGGUGUCAUCUUUUCUGUCUUUCACAGCACUGGAGAUGGAGGGCUCAGUAUUCCUCGUAUAAUUAUUAACCAGCUUAAAUGGCUAGACAGAGUUGUGGACAGUAAGGAGUUGGCGACGAAGCUCAUGGAGCUUGUGUCAGCAGCACCAGUGGAGGUUCAGCGUGACAUCAUCACCAGUCUGCCAGAGAUACUGGAGGACUCCCAGCACAAUGACAUAGCCAGAGAGCUCAACUCUUUACUCCAGGAGAACACUCAGUUGACUGUCCCCAUCCUGGAUGCCCUCUCUAGCCUGAACCUCGCUUCCUCAUUACUGACAGAGGUUCGUGAAGCUGUUAUGGCCACUUUGGCUGCUGUGCAACUGGAAGACCUGCCUGUGGUGGUCAAGUUCAUCCUGCAUUCUGUCUCAGCCUCUGAUGCUUAUGAGGUGGUGUGUAAUCUUCGUAAAAAGCUGGAGUUGGAGCAGUGUGUCCUCCCUCCUGUGCUGCAGGCCUCCCAGAGCCGCAGUCAGAGCAAAGGAUCAGUAGCCAGGUCAGCUUCCACACCGGCAGCUGGCGGCAGCCAGGACAUCAUUACAUUGAUGCUGGAUGGCAUCAAGUCAGCAGUUCGGUUCCAGAAAACAAUAUCUGAGGCUUGGCUCAAGGCAAUUGAGUCUGUAGACGAAGCGGAGGACCAUAAGGUGAUAGAUCUACUGAUGCUGCUCAUCCUCCACUUCACCAAUGCCAACCAGAGCCGGCGGGGUGCAGAGAGGGUGCUGAAGGCGAAAGUGAGGACUGGACUCAUUCAGGAGCUUCUGCUUCAGAAGACCUUUAGGGACUACGCUCAGGUCAUGCGGGGGUAUUUCUCCUCCAUCCUGGCUCUGGCUCAGAGUUUGCUGCGGUCCCCUGACCCCUGUGUGGUGCCUUUGGGUGGACACAUGUACCGACACUCAUUCACUUCCUUUGACUCUUACUGCCAACAGGAAGUGGUGGGCUCUUUAGUGACCCACGUGUGCAGCGGUGUGGGUGGGGAGGUGGACACGGCUCUGGAGCUGCUCUGUGGCUUGGUUACGGAAAAACCCUCAGAAAUGGCUCUGUAUGCUGUUUUUGUCAAGGGAAUCCUGGACUACAUGGACAACCUCACACCCCAGCAGAUCCGCAGGCUCUUCCACCUUCUCAGCAAACUGGCCUUUGGGCAACAGCAGCAGGGAGCUCACAUCCAGGAUGACAUGCACAUAGUGAUCCGCAAACAGCUCUCCAGCACUGUGCCCAAGUACAAGCGUAUCGGCAUCAUUGGUGCUGUCAUGAUUGUAGGCAGCUUGGGGGCCUCCAGGGUUAAAGCGAAGGACUCACAGAAUGGGUCGUUACCCCUUGAGGCUUUCAGACAGGUGACAGCCCUGCUGGAGCUGGUGAAGUCAAGCAGUGAAAGCUCACCGGAGGCUUCAGCUCUCUACUAUGAUGAACUGGCCAACCUGAUCUUGAGCUCUACCCUGGACCCACAGGUGCAGGAAAUGAUCGCAAAGAGAGUCCUGAGUGACUUUGAGGAUGACUUUGUAAUGGAUCUAGGCCAGGAAGUAUCUGGCACCUUUCCCUUUCCGGCCUGUAUGAUGUACAACCUGUAUGAAGAGGAGGAGGAUCAGAGAGGCAUUGCCGUCAACCUGCUUCCUCUACUGGCCAAAGACAUCCAGAGCAAAGGAGAGCAGCAGAGUGAAGCCACAAAGGCACACAAGCGAGUCUCCCCUCUCUGUCUGUCUCCAUUUUUUCGCCUCCUGAGACUCUGUGAGGAGAAACAGCACCAUGGAGAUCUGGAGGGGAUCGACGGCCUGCUGGGCUGCCCUCUGAUCCUAACAGACAUGGAAAUAGUGGAGAAAAUGGAGAGCCUGUCAAAAGCUGAGAGGGAGUUUCUCUGCACUUUGCUGUUUUACACUAUCAACUGGUUCAGAGAGGUCAUAAAUGCAUUCUGUCGACAAAAAGAAAUUGAGAUGAAGAUGAAAGUGAUGACUCGUCUGCAGAACAUCACCUACCUUCAGACACUGUUGGAGAGGGCUUUGGCAGAAACACCUGGCUAUGUUCCACCUGUCGCCAACUUUGAUGGAGAAAGCACAGACGGGCUUAUACUUAGUUCUACUGCUCCUGUGAAUAAGGCAAAGAAAGAUGGCACGAGGAAGAAGAGGAAGGCCUCCGGUAAGAAUUCCACAGGGAGCAGCUCUCAGCUUGAGGAGUCGACUCUCGCAGACAAAACCCAGCAGGAGCAACCAGAGAAGGAGAAAGAAAAGGAGAUCCGGCAGGGUGUCAGUCUGGUGUCCUACAGGCCAUAUUUUAGAGAGCUGGACAUGGAGGUGCUCAGUGUGCUGCAGUGUGGCUUGCUGUCCUGCUCACUGCUGGACUCUGAGCUCCACACCGAGGUGCGAGAGGAGGUUCUGUUGGGUCCUGCUGAGCUGGUUUUCCUGCUGGAGGAUAUGCUUCGCAAACUGGAGUUCAGUCUUACAGCUACCCCUGCCAAGAGGGCUCCUUUCCUCAAGGUAAGGACUGAUAAGAGCGUAGGCUUCUCCCAUCUACAGCAGAGGAGCUCCAAGGAUAUUGCCUCUUUCUGCGUCCAGCUGCUGCCUGCCCUCUGCACACACAUGGAGAACUGCCACAACCAUUUUCAGACAUUGCUUUCUGAGAACAAAGGCGUCGUGGACGGACCUGCCACAGAUGUUCAGGAGCACCAGAUGAUGUCAUCAGGCUACCAGCUGCUCCUGCAGGUCCUGAACACCACCUUCAGCUGGUCUGGAUUCAGCCAGCCAGGACAGCGGAGCUUACUGAAGAAGGCUCUGGGAGUUUUGGCUGGACGACUAAAAGACGGAGGCCCUGAUUUGACCCUGGAGCAGCUUGUAAAACACAGCUUUGAGUACCUGAGGAACUUCCGCAGCACGAUGCCAAGUCUCAGCACAGCGCUGUGUCUCUCCCAGCUUCUGUCCAGCGUGUCAGAGAAAGGAGGGAAUCCUGCUGCCUACAGAGAGCUGAUUGCUUCCUUGGCGAAACAUUUCCUGAGCCAAGACUGGGUGACAGCCAGUGGAGAGAGGGAACGAGGCAACAAAUUCAACGAAGCACUUCACACUCUCCUGAGCAUCUACCUGGAACAUGUUGAUGAUGUUUUGAAGGCAGUGGAGGAAAUAGCUGGAGAAGGAAUCCGUGAGCUCCUCAAUACAUCAAAAGAUGAGCGAUCUGCAUCGUGGCCCACUCUCAACAGGCAGACAUUCCUGGUGUUCUACAAAGUACUGAUGGCAGAGCUGGACAAGGCUGCCAAGAAAAUUCCUGCUUGCAAAAUCAGCGACAGUACUGAGGUUCAGAGUGAGAAGCUGCUGACAUGGAACCUGGCUGUCAGGGAUUUUCACAUCCUGGUCAACCUAGUUAAGGUGUUUGACUCUAGGCCAGUGCUCAACGUGUGCCUAAAGUACGGCCGACUGUUCCUGGAGUCUUUCCUGAAGUUGGGGAUGCCACUACUGGACAGCAGUUUCAAAAGACACAAGGCGGAUGUCCAGAGCCUGCUGAAAACCUUCCAACUCAGCACCCGGCAGCUGCAUCACAUGUGUGGACACUCUAAGAUUCACCAGGAUACAAGCCUGACCAACCAUGUACCAGCCUUAAAGAAGAGCCUGGAGCUGUUUGUUUACAGAGUGAAGGCCAUGCUGAUGCUCAACAACUGUCAGGAGGCAUUUUGGAUGGGAAACCUGAAGAAUCGCAACCUGAAGGGUGAAGAGAUCAUUUCUCAGAGGUCACAAGAAAGUGCGGAGGAAGAUGAUGAUCAGGAGGAGGAAGAACGUUCACCGCUGCUUCAGGAAGAGUCGGACGAUGAGGCCAAGGAGACUGACUCAGAGGAAAGCAAGAGGGUCAACAUAGGAGAAGAUGAGGAUCAAGAUGAUAUCACGGAUGACUCUGACUAAAUAGCCAAACAGUUACAACAGCCAAAAAAUGUUGGUUUUUAUUUUACAUAUGUACUGGAUGACCUUUUGACAUGUCGGGUCAUGGAGUCUUAAUGAUUUGUUACAUCAACACUUUCUAAAUGUAUUGAAUACUACAACUCUGUGUGCAGACAUUGGAUCAGUAGUACCAGUAUAUAGUCAGAAUUCUUGUAUUCUCACAUAUGUGGCAAUGAGACUGCAAGCACCUUAAAAAUGUUUGUUCUUUAAAGAUUUUCUUUGUUGCAUGUUUCAUUUUAUUUGUUGUCCCACAAAAUAAAAUCCAAACUAUUGAGAAA